AUGCCCGCCUCGCUGCGUCGAACUGUAUUUCAAGCUCUGCGUGGACUCUCCCACCCUGGGAUCCGAGCCUAUCAAAAACUCCUUGCGGAAAGGUUUGUCUGGCCUGGCAUGAACAAGGAUGUCAAAGCUUGGGCCUGGUCGUGUCUGCUCUGCCAGCGCAACAAGGUGCAGCGUCACAACAAGGCCCCACCAGGCACUUUCCCCAGUCCUGACGCACGGUUCAGCUAUGUGCACCUGGAUGUCGUAAGCCCCUUGCCUCCAUCCAAUGGUUUUAACCACCUCCUUACCUGUGUCGGUCGAUAUACCCGCUGGGCUGAAGCUGUUCUUUUGCCGAAUGUGCAGGCUGAAACCAUCGUGAAGGCCUUCGUCAGUCGUUGGGUCGCCAUGUUCGGUGCUCCAUCCACGGUUACGACUGAUCGUGGUGCCCAGUUUGAGUCGAUACUCUUCUAA